ACAUGUUGGAUAAUUCCAGAAGCAGCGUCGUACUUCUUUAGCCUCUCUGCUUAUCUUACUGACUGGUAGUGGGUCUGCUCCUCGGUACUCACAUUGAAAGGCGGUGGAUAUCGAAUAUUUGUCAGUAUUAUUCACUGUUUGACGGUUUAACUGUUUUUUUUAAAUUACAUUUAGUUAAACGAGCUGUCCAAAAAUGUUGAACGUUGCCAGAAGCGUUUCAAGGACUCUGCCGACAAGAAAUUGCGUACGCAAUUUGUCUUCUCUGCUAACCAAGGUUCACUGUAAUGGCCCCCAAUCUGAUGUUCUCCAAGUCCUGUCCAGAAGAGACUAUGCGUCCGAAGCCAUUAAGGGGGCAGUCAUUGGAAUUGACCUGGGAACCACAAACUCAUGUGUUGCGGUCAUGGAGGGUAAACAGGCAAAGGUGCUGGAAAAUGCUGAGGGAGCCAGGACUACUCCUUCAGUCGUUGCUUUCACCGCAGAGGGCGAACGCCUGGUUGGCAUGCCAGCUAAACGCCAGGCUGUCACCAAUCCUCAAAAUACCUUGUACGCCACAAAGAGACUCAUUGGUCGUCGCUUUGAUGAUGUCGAAGUCCAGAAAGACUUGAAGAAUGUGCCCUACAAGAUUGUGCGUGCUUCUAAUGGGGAUGCUUGGGUGGAGGCUCAAGGAAAAAUGUAUUCACCCAGCCAGGCUGGGGCCUUCGUUCUCAUGAAGAUGAAGGAGACUGCUGAGAACUACUUGGGAACUAAAGUCAAGAAUGCUGUCAUAACAGUACCAGCUUACUUCAAUGACUCCCAGAGACAGGCUACCAAAGAUGCUGGUCAGAUUGCUGGUUUGAAUGUCCUGCGUGUGAUCAAUGAGCCUACAGCGGCUGCACUGGCCUAUGGUUUGGACAAAACCCAGGACAAGAUUAUUGCCGUGUAUGAUCUUGGUGGAGGUACAUUUGAUAUCUCAAUCUUGGAGAUACAGAAGGGAGUUUUUGAAGUGAAGUCCACUAAUGGUGACACGAUCCUUGGAGGCGAGGACUUUGACCUGCCGCUUCUCAAACACAUCGUCAAGGAAUUUAAGAGAGAGUCUGGUGUGGAUUUGAUGAAAGACAGCAUGGCCCUCCAGAGAGUCCGAGAGGCUGCUGAGAAGGCCAAGUGUGAGCUGUCGUCUUCGCUUCAGACCGACAUCAAUCUUCCCUACCUGACCAUGGAUGCAUCUGGCCCCAAACAUCUCAACAUGAAGGUGACCCGUGCUCAGUUCGAAGGCCUUGUGGCAGACUUGAUCCGUCGCACAGUGGCUCCCUGUCAGAAGGCCAUGCAAGACGCAGAGGUGUCCAAGGGUGACAUUGGAGAGGUGCUUCUGGUCGGAGGCAUGUCGCGUAUGCCCAAGGUACAGCAAACUGUCCAGGACCUGUUUGGCCGUGCACCCAGCAAGUCUGUCAACCCUGAUGAGGCUGUUGCCAUUGGAGCAGCCAUCCAAGGUGGCGUCCUAGCAGGAGAUGUAACAGAUGUUCUGCUUUUGGAUGUGACACCACUUUCGUUGGGAAUUGAGACUCUGGGUGGGGUCUUCACCAAACUUAUUAACCGGAACACAACAAUUCCCACCAAGAAGAGCCAGGUUUUCUCCACAGCAGCAGAUGGACAGACUCAAGUGGAAAUUAAAGUUUGUCAGGGUGAGAGGGAGAUGGCGGCAGACAACAAGGUGCUGGGUCAAUUUACUUUGGUGGGACUCCCCCCCGCUCCCCGUGGUGUUCCCCAAAUUGAAGUUACUUUUGACAUUGAUGCUAAUGGCAUCGUCCACGUCUCGGCCAAGGACAAAGGCACAGGCCGGGAACAGCAAAUUGUUAUUCAGUCAUCAGGAGGUCUCAGUAAAGAUGACAUUGAAAACAUGGUCAAGAACGCUGAGAAGUAUGCAGAAGAGGACAGGAGGAGGAAGGAGCGUGUGGAAGCUGUGAAUAUGGCUGAAGGCAUUGUCCAUGAUACAGAGUCAAAGAUGGAGGAAUUCAAGGACCAGCUUCCUGCUGAUGAGUGUGCCAAGCUGAAGGAAGAGAUCACCAAGGUCCGAGAUCUUCUGACCAACAAGGAUUCUGAAACGGGAGAGAACAUCAAGCAAGCAGCAAACAACCUUCAACAGGCGUCACUCAAGCUCUUUGAAAUGGCCUACAAGAAGAUGGCGUCAGAGCGUGACAGCAGCAGCAGCUCUAGCUCCAGCUCAGAGGGUGAGAAGAAAGAGGGCCAGCAGUAAACUGAAGCACUGAGUUUUUGUUGUCAGUUUGACAACAGGACUUGUUGGGUAGGGAGGGGAGGGAAAGGCUGUUGUGAAUGUCGUGAAACAAGAUUAUGUAUGAAUGCAUGUUGAUGUUUGGAUCUGGAUGUAUGUGAGGCAUUGUGGAAAAUUUUGCGGAGGUGGGUCACAAUUAUGUUGCUGUCUUUUGUAAUAAAAAAAAAAAAACAAAUCAGCUCUGGUACUGAUUGAACCAAGUGUGGUUUGUAACUGUGGUGAGACAAAUACUACUGUACGAAGUCAUUUUCUCAAAGAUAAGCCAUCUUUUGCAGUAUUACCUUUAUCUGUGGCGAUGGAUCCUGCUAUUAUUGUCCAGCAGAGGGAAACAUUUGUCCUAAUCUUGAGACCCACACAUGCGUUGAUCCAUAUUUAAAUGAAUUUUUUUUUGUCUAAUUUUUUCAUUCAUCUUUUUGGUCAAUUGAUUUAUUGUAAUAAAAUAAACAUUUUCUUAGGAUAAACCUA